AUGCUUGAAGUCACCGAAUCCUCACAAAAAAACCGUUUGACUGGAAUCUCUGCGGGGGCACUAAACACGAUAUAUUCCGCUAAUGCCCCCUUCACAGUAAACAACCUUUAUUACGGCUCCGAAAUCAUCACCGAAGGCAAAGGAAGAAGUCGACAUCUGCAGGGUGCCUACCAACUCGCCUGCAUGGCAUGCACUCUGGCCAUCUCAAUCGUCGGUGGUCUAGCAACAGGCUUGAUUCUACGUUUUGUUCCUUGGCUCGAUCAACCCGACGAGCAUCAGAUGUACGACGACUCCUACGGCUGGGAACUGCCAGAGACCUGCGUCGACAUCGAAGAAGGCAGUGAGAGGGUCUCCACCAUUCGCGUAGGCCUCGGUUAUGCAAAUAACACAAGUUGA